UCAGAGUGUUUCGACUACUGCCGUGCCGCCCCACGCCUAAUGCCGUUCUCCUCUCCGUAUCAUAUCUCACAGGGGGUGCGCCCUCCGAGCCUCUGAUAUCGGAGCCACUUUUUUCCUUUCUCUCUCUCUCGAGCCCUAGAUUCUCUCUCUCAAAAAAAAAAAGAAUCCAGUCUCACUGCGCUCCGAUCGUCUCUCCAGAAAUGGCCAAUGCAGCUUCAGGGAUGGCUGUGAAUGAUGAUUGUAAGCUGAAAUUCUUGGAGUUGAAGGCCAAGAGAACUUAUCGUUUCAUAAUCUUUAAGAUUGAGGAGAAACUGAAGCAGGUCAUCGUGGAGAAGCUUGGUGAACCCACUCUGAGCUAUGAGGAUUUCACUGCCGCUCUUCCUGCAAAUGAAUGUCGAUAUGCGGUCUAUGACUUUGAUUUUGUCACCGAGGAGAACUGCCAGAAGAGCAAGAUCUUCUUCAUUGCAUGGUCACCUGACACAUCAAAAGUGAGAAGUAAGAUGCUUUAUGCAAGCUCAAAGGACAGAUUUAAGAGGGAGUUGGAUGGCAUCCAGGUGGAAUUGCAAGCAACUGAUCCAACUGAGAUGGGACUGGAUGUCAUUCGAGGCCGUGCCAAUUGAGUUAUAUUACCAGGUUGUGCAAUGGAGACUUACUCCUCGUAGUCUGUUUGCUUAAGUGAAAUGUUUAUAGUUUCCUGUAAUGGUGAAGUUGCUAGGUAUUAUGUUGGUUGCUGUUCAGGUGAUCAUAAUUCAACGACCUUCGUCCUCCGAAACAGUGUUGAUUUUGGGUAUACCAUAUGAAUUGCUAUUCUGUGUUUUUUAUAUGAUGGAUAAUCUCUUGUAGGGUGAUGUCUACAAGCUGAUGAUAUGUGACUGUUUGUGGUGGCAGCCAGGUAGGCAAAACCUUUGUGUCCUUUGAAAUGGUUGCUUGACCACUCUUGUGUUCUUUUGGUUUUGAUUGCGGUUCUUGUGACCUUUGUAAAUGUCUAUCAAAACUAUCUGCUCCUUUGCAAU